UUGGAGGGCGGAAGUAGUGGCUGGACAUAGAUUGACAACCAAGGGCUAACUCUGCAUCAUGUCCUCUGGAGUCCCCACCUUUAAAGACAGGCGUGUGUCGGUGCUGUGCUGCAAGUUCUGUGAGCAGGUGUUGAGCAUACGUGGAAUGAAAGCAGAGCUACUGGCAGGCACAGACCAGGAGAUGUUUUCGACGGAUAUUCCUCCCACCCAAGCUGUCGACUUUGUAGGGUCCUGCUAUUUCCUGGACACAUGCAGAUGCAAGCUGAAAUGCCUGGCUUGUUUGAAAUGUGGUAAUGAAGUCGGAUACCACGUUGUGGCUCCAUGUCGGCCCUGUCUACUGUCCUGCAACAAUGGCCAUUUCUGGAUGUUUAACAGUAAAUAUGUGUGCAGUAUUAACAGACUGGACCGUGCAGGUACUGGCUUGUUGCUAUGGAAAGACCUUCCAGACACAGACGAGAAACAAGAGGAAUGGGUUGGCAUCUGUGAAGAAGAUCAAGAACAAUAUCUCAGAUAGCAUCCUUUGUCCUUUAAGAGUAUUAUUUGUGUUAGCAGUGUGACGGUAUCAGUAUAAGAAAAACAUCUGUCAACAGCAGGAAGAUGGCUCUCAUCGAUACACAAAACCUGUUUUGUUUAAUUCUUCAAAGCUUUUAUCGGAAUACAACAGACAAUUCUUUCUCAACAGAACCUCCCCACCCAAAUUUUCUUUUACAACUGAUAUCAUAUUGUUCACGGAAUAUACAGCAUACAUAAUUUUGUAGGUUAAAGUCCCUACUUGUAUGUAAUGACUUCUGGGAGCAACAAAGGCACCGUGUACAUUCAGGCAUAAUAGAGUUGAUACUGCACUACCAAUGCACAGGAAUUAUGAGUACUGCAGGUAUAAAUAGGAGAGAGGGCGGCCAUCAGUAUCAAAUAACACAAUUCAGCAAAACCCAUUGCAUUGAACAUAUGCAUCUUUAUAUUGAAAUGUGAAAGGUGCAGGAAACCUGUCUCUAAAGAAAAAUCGAGGUGUAAUAUAUAUGCUGGAUAUCCUUUACUGGAUAGAAUGUAACUUUCACUGAUGUUUAUUUUCUUUUUAAAAACUCAUUCAGAAAAUAUGUUUGUUCAAGUGAUGUA